AUGAAGCCGCUGCGCCUCCUCGUGCUGCUCAUUUUACCCCUUGCUAACAGUGCGAGGGGAGAAAACCCAGGUGGUGGCAGCGGCGGUGUAGCGUUCCCCCGCGACUUUGAAAAAGACAUGAACGAACUGGACUUGAGCGGCCUGGAGGAAGAGCUCGAAGGCAUGGAUGAUGUAGCACACAGGGAUUACUACCAGUACGUGACGCAGAUGUACGUCUACGUGCGCGUGGACAAAAAAUACAGGACGUACCGAAACCACCUGCAGCUGAUCCGCCUCGGGGAGAAGUACAUGACGCUGUUGCAAAACGCAAUGAUGAAUGUUCAAAUGAAGAAAACAGGACUUGGGAUUUUCACAUGCUUUUACCAGGACAAAGCCAUCACGGAAAACCUAGUUACGUACUUCCUCAUGCAGAAGGAAGUGGACUUUUUGGAAGUCGGCUUCGAUAGGCGCUUCCCAGAGGGAAGAUCUGCGCCCAUUGUUGACGUUGACGAGCGGGUAGAGCCGCAGGGGGAACCAGACGAGGAGUUAUAG